UGAACCGGCCGGGAGCAAAGCCUUGCCUUGGGAAGUCCAGCCUCGGCGGCCAGGCAGUAACCCCUGUUGCAGCCUCCUCCGAUUGUGCCCGAUCUGGUGCUUGCAGUGCCCAGGUUUGCUCUGGCGCUGGUGCUUCCCCUCCGGGCGCCGCUGUUUGCUGGCGGAUCCGUCCUGCUGCAUCGGGUCUCGCCCGAUCCUGUCGUUGAAAAGAUGGUGAAUGAGGAAGAAGAGGGCACUUCCAAGCAGGGCGGCCCUAAGCCAGCAGAGCCCCAUGGGAUGCUGUCUGAGAGUCACGCGUCUCCAGACAUUGAGUCGGAAGGAGGUGAAGCCGACGAGACGGAACUGAGAAGCUCGAAGUGCGGCCAGGAGAGCAAUUCUCUCGCCGUAAAUGGCGACGUGACUGACAGCGAGAAAGUUUAUAUGUCACAGACACAGUAUAUUUGCCCUGUUUGCGGGGAAUGUUUUAAUGGGAGCUCCUGCCUCGUGGAGCACCAGAGGGUUCACAAGGAGGAGAAGCUGCGCCCCUGCCCUGUCUGUGGGAAAGGUUACAACCAGGAAGCUGACUUGGUGGCCCACAUGCAGAGUCACACGGACGAGAAGCCCUUCUCUUGCCUCGAGUGCGGGAGGAGCUUCCUCUUCAGCUCAGACCUGGUGGCCCAUCAAAAGGUCCAUACUGGGGAGAAACCUUACAUCUGUCUGGAGUGUGGGAAGGGCUUCUCCCAGAGUUCCCAGCUGAUGUCCCACCGCAGGGUCCAUACUGGGGAGAAGCCCUACGAGUGCAUUAUCUGCCAGAAGAGCUUCCGUUCCAACUACGACCUAGUCAACCAUCAGAGGAGCCACACCGGAGAGAAACCUUACAUAUGCUCUGACUGCGGGAAGAGCUUCACACGCAGCUCCCACCUCAUUUCCCACCAGAGGGUCCACACCGGCGAAAGACCCUACCCUUGUGGGAUCUGCGGGAAGCGUUUCCGGGACUGCUCCCACCUCAUCCGGCACCAGAGGGUCCACACGGGUGAGAAACCGUACGAGUGCUCCAUUUGUGGGAAGAGCUUCCGGGUCAAUUACGACUUAGUCACCCACCAGAGGAACCACACAGGAGAAAAACCUUACGAAUGCCCCGAUUGCGGGAAAGGCUUCAAGCGGAGUUCGCACCUCAUCUGCCAUCAGAGAGUCCAUACUGGAGAAAGGCCGUAUCCCUGCGGCAUCUGCGGGAAAAGCUUCAGCUACAGCUCGGACCUCAUUAAGCACCAGAGAAUCCACACGGGGGAGAAACCUUACGAAUGUCACAUCUGCGGGAAGAGCUUUCGGAUCAACGCAGACCUGGUCACUCACCAGAGGAUUCACACUGGAGAGAAACCUUACACCUGCUCGGAUUGUGGGAAAUGUUUUGCCCGGAGCUCGCGCCUGGUGUCCCACCAGAGAGUCCAUGUGAAGGAUGGGACCUUGGGAACGUCUCUUUCCGAAACUGAGUCAUCCCAGCCGGGAGCAGCUACCGUGUCCCCAGCUCCUGAGCACCCUUGGGCCAAGGAGGAGAAGCUGGCCCCAAGCGAGCCUCUGGCUCUGACCAGCCUGGGAACUUCUACUCAGUUUGCCCUUGUCGAUGCUCCUCAGGCUGGACGUGUGAGUGAAAUAAAGACGGAGUGCAGGAGCUGAGAGGCAAGGAAACUAGAAGGGGAAACAUUUUCUUUCCAAUAACAAAGUGGUGUACAGAAUCCGGGGUCCCUUGCCCAUUUUAAUUAGCCUUCACGGAAAGUUUGUUUGGUCAAACAAGAUACAGUCCAGGGCUUCUCUCCCUCUCCCUCCCUCCAGUGUGCAUAUUGAAGGAUGAAUGGGUUGACCCAAGGAAGAAUGAAGUGUUUGCGCCCGCAGCAUGGUCUCUCCAGCCACUAAAAGCCAUUUUGACAUGGGCUGGCUUGGCUUCCCCAAAGAAAUUCUUGGAAAUACAGCUCGUUGAGAAUUCUUGAUUAAAAAAUGUAUAGCGUAGAGGUGUGAGAGGAAGUAUAUAAAAACGGAUGUAAUGUCGGAACCCGUCCAAAAUAUAUAUAUUUAUUGAUGCAAGCUUAAAAAAAAACAAGCAAAAACGGCACUGCUGUGUAUGGGUUGCCUUGAAAUGACAAAUGGAG